AGAAUAAGCCGGCACUGUUUCUCUUUCUAUAUAGAUGCAUGUGUAUACAUGUACACUGUAUGAUUCAUUUGCAUUUUCCAAUCACCCUCCUUUUAACUCUAUCUCCUUUUCUCUGAAAACUUACUUCAGCUUCCCCAUGGGAGAAACUCAAGAAGUGCAACACCCCCACGAAACUAGUUUCACCAUCCACAUGGGAGAAUCUCAAGAAGUACAACUUAGCAAAAUUGGAUGUAAAUUGCCGAACCAGACAUAACAAUGGUGCCAGCAGAGUCCAGACAAAACUCAAGCAACAAGAAACAGAAUAACGUGAUAAUCUAUGUCACUGUCCACAGUGUAGUUGGUACCUUAGUUGUAAAAGAGGUAAAGCCACCUAGGCUGAGAUGGUGUGGAUGAUGGAGUUUUUUCCGUGAAGGUCUAGUUUCUGAGCUGUAUCAAUAUAUACUCUCCCCCACAAAACAAAAUUAAAGAACAAUAUCAUCCACUGAUUGAAACAGGAAGAAAAAGGUGAUACUUUUAUAGUUACUCAUCAAGCCAGAAAACAAAAACAAAAGAACAUUUUCUACUGAUAGAGUCUUAGCUUGGGGAUAGAGAUGCAAGACAUCCAAUUAUGUAUAUCAAUGAAGAUAUUCAACAAUAACAGUAAUAACAGAAGAAGAAGACGCAGAAGAAGAAGAAGAAAAACUUAUUCACAAAUAAAGCAACUUUACUUCUGAGGAAGUGAGUUCUUAAGUAAAUCAGAAAAGCUAAUGGAGUGCAAGAAACAAAUUCCUUGGAGGGCAAUAAAUUUGGUGGUCCAAUGAAUGAGUCGAUGACGAUGAGUAAGAAAAAAGUAUAUUACCGUUGGUUCAGAAUAGCCAUACAUUCUGCACUUAUGUUGGUGAGUUCAUCAGCUGCAAUACUCCUUGGAAGAUUGUACUAUGAAAAGGGUGGGAAGAGUAAGUGGAUGGGAACACUUGUUCAACUUUGUGGUUUCCCUAUUAUGCUUCCUUAUUACUUCAUCACAGCACCCAAAAAUUUGACCACAAACAGUAGCAUUCAUCCAAAUCAGCCAUCUGCUUCAAUGCUAGCAUUUGUGUAUGUCUCAAUUGGCCUACUUUUGGCAUUCGAUUGUUAUUUAUAUGCAAUUGGGUUAUGGUACCUUCCUGUCUCAACCUAUUCUCUCAUUUGCUCAUCCCAGUUGGCUUUUAAUGCUUUCUUCUCAUACUUCCUCAACUCACUCAAGUUCACACCUUACAUAGUAAACUCUUUAGUCCUUCUCACCAUUUCCGCUACCCUUCUUGUAUUUCAAAACGAGUCAUCAUCAGAUAAUUCAGACUCCACACAAACGUCCAAGAAAAAGUAUGUGAUUGGAUUCAUAUGCACUGUUGGUGCAUCAGCAGGGUAUGGACUGUGGCUUUCCCUCACACAGUUGGUGUUCAAGAAGGUCAUGAAAAGGGAAACAUUCAAAGUGGUGAUCGACAUGAUAAUGUACACGUCUCUUGUAGCUACCUGUGUUACUGUAGUGGGACUUUUUGCUAGUGGUGAAUGGAAUGGUUUGAGGAAUGAAAUGAAUGAGUAUGAGUUGGGGAGGGUUUCAUAUGUGUUGAACCUCACUUUCACAGCCACACUUUGGCAACUCUUUACAAUUGGUUGUUUUGGACUCAUCACAGAGGUUUCUUCCCUCUUCUCAAAUGCCAUAAGCGCUUUGGGUGUGCCUAUUGUUCCAAUGUUGGCUGUGGUAGUCUUUCAUGACAAAAUGCAUGGUAUUAAGGCCAUCUCUAUGGUGCUUGCUAUUUGGGGCAUUAUAUCAUAUGUGUAUCAACAGUACAUUGAUGAUACCACGUCCGAAAACACAGUCACUAGUCACGUUCCAAUAGCUUCUGUACCCCAAGAAGAGGUUCAUAGAUAAGUUAGGUAGCCUUUUUAAGUCAUCAAUUUUGAGACUUAGAAACACUGUCCCUCUUUGUAUUACAGAUUUUCAACACUUAUAAAUAUGCAUAUAUUUCAUAUCAGUAA